AUGACCUUCCUUACACUAUUUCCCUUUUAUUUCGCUUUUUUCUUUUUCCUUUUAUUUUGCUUCUUUCCUUUUCCUUUUCUUUCGUUUCUUUCUUUGUCAUUUCAUUUUCUUUCUAUCUUUUUCAUUUUCUUUCGUUUCUUUCUUUUUCAUUUUAUUUUAUUUCUUUUUUCAUUUUAUUUUGUUUCUUUCUUUUUCAUUUUAUUUUGUUUCUUUUUUCAUUUUAUUUUGCUUCUUUCUUUUUCAUUUUAUUUUGUUUCUUUUUUAUUUUAUUUUGCUUCUUUCUUUUUCAUUUUAUUUUGUUUCUUUCUUUUUCAUUUUAUUUUGCUUCAUUCUUUUUCCUUUUAUUUUGUUUCUUUUUUAUUUUAUUUUGCUUCUUUCUUUUUCAUUUUAUUUUGUUUCUUUUCAUUUUUUAUUUUUUCAUUUUUUUUCUUUUUUUUUUAUUUUGCUUCUUUUCUUUUUUAUUUUAUUUUGCUUCUUUCUUUUUCCUUUUAUUUUGUUUCUUUUUCAUUUUAUUUUGUUUCUUUUUUCAUUUUAUUUUGCUUCUUUCUUUUUCAUUUUAUUUUGUUUCUUUCUUUUUCCUUUUAUUUUGUUUCUUUCUUUUUCAUUUUAUUUUGUUUCUUUUCUUUCAUUUUAUUUUGCUUCUUUCUUUUUCAUUUUAUUUUGUUUCUUUCUUUUUCCUUUUAUUUUGCUUCAUUCUUUUUCAUUUUAUUUUGUUUCUUUUCUUUCAUUUUAUUUUGCUUCUUUCUUUUUCAUUGUAUUUUGCUUCUUUCUUUUUCAUUGUAUUUUGUUUCAUUUUUUCAAUUUAUUUUGCUUCUUUCUUUUUCCUUUUAUUUUGUUUCUUUCUUUUUCCUUUUAUUUUGUUUCUUUCUUUUUCAUUUUAUUUUGUUUCUUUUCUUUCAUUUUAUUUUGCUUCUUUUCUUUCAUUUUAUUUUGCUUCUUUCUUUUUCAUUUUAUUUUGUUUCUUUCUUUUUCCUUUUAUUUUGUUUCUUUCUUUUUCCUUUUAUUUUGUUUCUUUCUUUUUCAUUUUAUUUUGCUUCUUUCUUUUUCAUUUUAUUUUGUUUCUUUCUUUUUCAUUUUAUUUUGUUUCUUUCUUUUUCCUUUUAUUUUGCUUCAUUCUUUUUCAUUUUAUUUUGUUUCUUUUCUUUCAUUUUAUUUUGCUUCUUUCUUUUUCAUUGUAUUUUGCUUCUUUCUUUUUCAUUGUAUUUUGUUUCAUUUUUUCAAUUUAUUUUGCUUCUUUCUUUUCCUUUUUAUUUUGUUUUUUCUUUUUUUCCUUUUUAUUUUGUUUUUUCUUUUUCCUUUUAUUUUGUUUUUUCUUUUUUCAUUUUAUUUUUGUUUUCUUUUUCUUUCAUUUUAUUUUUUCUUUCUUUUUCAUUUUAUUUUGUUUUCUUUUUUUUUUCAUUUUAUUUUGUUUCUUUCUUUUUCCUUUAUUUUGUUUCUUUUCUUUCAUUUUAUUUUGCUUCUUUUUUUUCAUUUUUUUUUUUUUCUUUUUUUUCCUUUUAUUUUGCUUCAUUCUUUUCAUUUUAUUUUGUUUUUUUCUUUCAUUUUAUUUUGCUUCUUUUUUUUUCAUUGUAUUUUUCUUUUCUUUUCAUUGUAUUUUUUGUUUCAUUUUUUCAAUUUAUUUUACUUCUUUCUUUUUCAUUUUAUUUUGCUUCUUUCUUUUUCCUUUUAUUUUGUUUAUUUUUCAUUUUAUAUUUGUUUCUUUUUUGUUCAUUUUAUUUUCUUUCUUCCUUUUUUGUCUAA